CUAACAAUGGCAUCCCCACUGAAUCUGAAAGAAGCCACUGGCAACCAAAAUUCAUGGGAUACUUUGCUACCAGAUUUCCCUAAAGGACCGCUUUGCAAAUAUCGUAAGAAAGCUUCUUUUAACUGGAAGGAGAUGGCAGUAUUACUAGACGGUGAAGAUGUCAUCCAGCUGAAGAAGAGAAUCUUCUCUGCUCUGGAAAGUGAUCCUCUCUUUGCACAUCAUCCUGGAGAAGAUUUGUGCCGUGAGAAAUAUCAGGAGCUGACAUUCCUGCGCUGUAGAAGGCUCUUUGAGUAUGAUUUUCUUACUCAGGAAGAGAUCGGAGAGAACCCAUUAAAGCUAUUUAUUAUGGUCACCUGUAUAGGAAUGUACGAUUGGUCUCCAUGUCUCCAGUAUUUCUUAAAUUGCGGUGUAUUUUUAGGUACAGUUUUGACUGCUUCUAUGAGGUUUGCAGACCUUGUGAAACAAGUUUAUAGGAUGGAGAUUUUUGGAUGUUUUGCUCUGACUGAACUCAGCCAUGGAACUAAUACGAAAGGCAUACGGACUACUGCCACGUUUGAUCGUAGCACUCAGGAAUUUAUCAUCAAUACUCCUGACUUUGAAGCUGCAAAGUUCUGGGUUGGUAACAUGGGGAAACAUGCCACUCAUGCAGUUGUGUACGCCCAGCUCUAUACUCCAGAUGGACAGUGCCAAGGAUUACAUUCCUUUAUUGUACAGAUUCGAGAUACAAAAACUCUCCUACCAAUGCCAGGUGUGAUGGUAGGUGACAUAGGAAAGAAACUUGGGCAGAAUGGGUUGGAUAAUGGAUUUGCCAUGUUCCACAAUGUCAGGAUACCUAAAGAAAAUAUACUGAAUAUAGCUGGAGAUAUCACAGCUGAGGGGAAGUACUCAAGUUCAAUCAAGGAUGGUAAGGAGCGUUUUGGUGCAGCUCUGGGAUCCUUGUCCACUGGCAGAGUUGUGAUCACAGCAAUUUCCACGACCAAUUUAAAGCUUGCCUUGUCGAUAGCCAUUCGCUUCUCAGCAGCUCGCCGUCAGUUUGGACCAACUGAUGAAGAAGAAAUACCUGUUCUUGAAUACCAAACACAGCAAUGGCGUCUUCUUCCUUACCUGGCUGCCACAUAUGCCUUAGAUUAUUUCUGCAAAUCCUUGUUUGAGAACUUCAUAGAAUUUUAUGCAGGCUUGUUGACAAAGCAAAGGAGUCAGAGGCAGGCUGAUUUGGGACGUGAGAUUCAUGCCUUAUCUGCUGCCAGCAAACCGCUGUCUUCUUGGACUGCUCAGCAAGCAGCCCAGGAGUGCCGAGAAGCUUGUGGAGGACAUGGUUACCUUGCCAUGAAUCGUCUGGGUGAAAUCCGAAAUGACAAUGAUCCAAACUGCACAUAUGAGGGAGAUAACAAUGUCCUGCUUCAGCAAACCAGCAACUACUUAAUGAGCUGGAUGAAUUGCAUAAGAGAUAAAGCUCCUUUUGAAUCCCCUUUUGGAACUAUAAACUUUUUGCAAGACUACCAUCAUAUCCUUAGCUGGAAAUUCACAGCCAUGAGUGUUGAAGAUUGCAUGGAUUCGUCAGUUCCUUUAGCAGCGUAUAAAUGGCUGGUUUGCUACCUGCUCCGAGAAAGUGACCUAAAGCUGAGCAAGGAGAAGCAGUCUGGGCGAAGUGAUUUUGAGGCAAAAAACAAUUGUCAGGUGUACUACUGUCGAUCAUUAGCCAUUGCUUUUAUUGAGCAAACAGUCUUACAAAGAUACCAUGACUACACUCAUGAACCCAGCAUACCAUCUUCUCUGCAGCCAGUGCUUAAGAACCUCAGUGCUCUGUAUGGACUCUGGUCUUUAAGUAAGCAUCUGGCUGUGCUCUACCAAGGUGGCUAUGCUUCAGGUGAACAAGCUGGCAGGUUUAUUCAGAAUGCUAUUCUGGAGCUCUGCCACAGGUUGAAAAAUGAUGCAGUUGCCCUGGUUGAUGUCUUUGCUCCUCCUGACUUCAUUCUCAACUCUCCCAUUGGUAAAGCUGAUGGAGAGUUAUAUAAAAAUAUGUGGGCAGAUAUCCUUCAAGGCAGCAAAGUUCUGAACAGACCUUCCUGGUGGGCAGAAUUUUGUGUUAAUAAACCUGUUACAAGCAGGCUGAGGUCAAGAUUGUAAACCAAACAACUCGUGAGAGGCUGGAUAGGCCUAAGAUGGAUACUGUAUUUCAAACAUCAGGAGGAAAUAAGACCACAUGUCAAACAGUGAAAUUGAAAGAGAUUUUCACAGAGAAGUGCCGAGUUUUAAAAUAACUUUGAAAUCACGUCCAGCUUGGUCUCAGGGACUGUUAACAUGAUAAUGACAGGA